UUCUUUUUCUUUGCAGGAAAAACGGGGAAAAUACAAGGUUGUGGUGAGGCCAACCAGCUGUGCCAAUAAACAAGGAAUCUCUGGGCUGACUUCAUGGCCUCCUUUGUUCUCCAUUGAUAUCCCAGCCUCUUUGCAUCACAUUUGGGGAAGCUUUUGUACGAACUUUGCUCCUCUCUCAUUAGGCAGCUGCUGCUGCUGAGCGAAGAUGGCAAGAAGUCAGUGACUCCGAUGCACAAGCGUCUGUUCCACCAGUCUGCCCUGCGAAUAGCACUGUCACUUUAAUAAUUCCAUUCGGGGGAUUGCUUUCAAUCCUCUUGGGCUUAAUACAGCUGAGGAUCAGAGGAACAUUAAAGGCCAGAAGGCUGGGUGGAGGAAAUAAAAAUGCAAGUGACGGCUGUUUGGAUUGCCGAGUGAAAUCUGGACCUUGGGCGCAGAAGAGCAUUGUGUACAUCCAGUGUUGUAUCUAAUUGAUAUCAAGUCACCUGUGAUUCCAACAAGGAAAGAAAAAAUUCCUUCGGAACUGCGUUUGUCAUCUUCUGAAAUUUUGUUUGGAUUGUUUGGCUCUAAGCUUCUCGGUGCCAGAAUGCGUUGAAGUGGAUUAUUUGGACUGCCAAGACUCGGACUGUGCCUUAAUUGUAUUUCCUACGUUCAACUAAUUUCUAUUUUCGAACAAAAACAAAAACAAACCCCUUGGCUGUCAACGAGGGAUUCUUGUACGAUUUUGUAGGCUGAUGGAUGUUUUCUCUGGUAUAUUUUUAUAGCUUGGGAAAUAUUUUACAGAUUUUGACAACUCUACAAACUUUUUCUCCCCUCCCUGUUGCUGUUCGAUGAGUGGAAGUUUUUGAGCUGGAACAAGCUGCGCGCGACUGUGGAAAAUGGAGAUAUAGAGAUCCGUUUCUAAAAGCUAAACUGUAUAAGUGUGUUGAGUUGGAUGGCAAACUACUGACCUCACAAGGCAAUCCCAGCGGGACACUUUUGAUACCGGUAGAUAAGUUCUUGUAUCCCGUGCCAGGAAUUACAGCAAGAAUGCCAGUCAAGAAGAAAGACACGGAUCGAGCUUUAGCACUUCUGGAAGACUAUUGUAAGAAGUUGAAAAAGCCGGAGGAGCAACAGCUGAAAAGAGCCGUCAAGAAAGUGAUGGGCAUCUUUAAAAGCAGUUUAUUCCAGGCACUGCUAGACAUCCAAGAAUUUUAUGAGGUGACGCUGCUAAACUCCCAGAAAACAUUCGAGCAGAAGAUAGAAGAAACAAACCAGGUUGCUGAGAAAUGGGAGAAGACUCAAUCUUUAAUAACAGACAACGAAAGUCAGCACAAAACCCCAGAGACGGCAACUUCCAAGGAACCAGACAGAUGGGCAACAAGUGAAGAUCCGGAUAAGGGGAACCAAUCUUCUGAUAACCAUUCCACAGAUAAUGCUGCAAAGCAGAGCCAUACCAGGUGCCCGGCCCACAAAUGCUCGGUCGAAUCGCCUGGAUGGAUACCGAUCCAGCAUUCUUCUAAGUAUCGCUACCAAGAUGACGAUGCCCCACACGAUCAUAGUUUACCUCGUUUAACUCACGACGUGAGAGGGCCAGAACUAGUUCACGUCUCCGAAAAGAAUUUAUCACAGAUAGAAAAUGUCCAUGGAUACGUCCUUCAGUCGCACAUCUCACCAUUGAAGGGGAAGAGAUGGAUGGAAGGAGCAGUGCCUUGGAAUGGGGCCAGCCCUGCUCCUAUAAUCGUCAACACUGAUACCUUGGACACUAUUCCCUAUGUCAAUGGAACAGAGAUUGAAUAUGAAUUUGAAGAGAUCACAUUGGAAAGGGGUAAUUCUGGCCUGGGUUUCAGUAUUGCUGGAGGAACAGAUAACCCACACAUUGGGGACGAUCCUGGAAUAUUUAUUACUAAGAUUAUACCAGGAGGAGCUGCAGCAGAGGAUGGCAGGCUCAGAGUCAAUGAUUGCAUCUUGCGGGUGAACGAGGUCGAUGUAUCGGAGGUGUCGCACAGCAAAGCUGUUGAGGCCCUCAAAGAAGCUGGCUCCAUAGUGCGACUAUAUGUCCGUCGAAGAAGACCUAUUUUGGAGACGGUUGUCGAGAUCAAACUGUUCAAGGGACCAAAAGGUCUGGGGUUCAGCAUUGCUGGAGGUGUGGGGAAUCAGCAUAUCCCAGGAGACAACAGUAUCUACGUUACGAAAAUCAUUGAUGGAGGAGCAGCACAGAAGGAUGGGAGGUUGCAAGUCGGAGACAGGCUUCUUAUGGUAAAUAAUUACAGUUUAGAAGAAGUAACGCAUGAAGAAGCAGUAGCAAUAUUGAAGAAUACAUCUGACGUAGUUUAUUUAAAAGUUGGGAAGCCUACCACCAUUUACAUGACUGAUCCCUAUGGCCCACCAGAUAUUACCCAUCCUUAUUCCCCAGCAAUGGAUAACCAUAUAUUGUCUUCAGGCAACAAUGGCACUUUAGAAUACAAGGCGUCUAUGGCCCCCAUCUCUCCAGGAAGAUAUUCGCCUAUCCCAAAGCACAUGCUAGUGGAGGAUGACUAUACCAGGCCUCCUGAACCUGUUUACAGCACUGUGAACAAAUUCUGUGAUAAGCCACCUUCUCCUAGGCACUAUUCCCCUGUCGAGUGUGACAAAAGCUUCCUCCUUUCAGCUCCCUAUCCCCACUACCACAUAGGCCUGCUCCCUGACUCUGAGAUUAUCAGUCAUUCACAGCACAGCACAGUAAAUCGGCCACCCACAGUGAGCAUACAACGGAGCAUUUCUAUAGAAGGAGAGCCUCGGAAAGUUGUCUUGCACAAGGGCUCGACGGGUCUUGGUUUCAACAUUGUGGGUGGAGAAGAUGGCGAAGGCAUUUUUGUCUCCUUCAUCCUAGCGGGAGGACCAGCCGAUCUCAGUGGCGAGCUGCAGAGGGGAGACCAAAUUUUAUCUGUGAAUGGAAUUGAUCUUCGUGGUGCUACCCAUGAACAGGCCGCUGCGGCGCUUAAAGGAGCAGGGCAGACGGUUACAAUAAUAGCACAAUACCAGCCAGAAGAAUACGCUCGAUUUGAGGCCAAGAUCCAUGACCUGCGUGAGCAGAUGAUGAAUCACAGCAUGAGUUCUGGGUCGGGCUCCCUGCGAACCAAUCAGAAGCGCUCCCUCUACGUCAGAGCCAUGUUUGACUAUGACAAAAGCAAAGACAGUGGUCUCCCAAGCCAAGGACUCAGCUUCAAGUACGGAGACAUCCUCCAUGUUAUCAAUGCCUCUGAUGAUGAAUGGUGGCAGGCCAGAAGAGUUAUGCUGGAGGGGGACAGUGAAGAGAUGGGUGUCAUACCCAGUAAAAGAAGGGUUGAAAGGAAAGAGCGAGCGCGUUUAAAGACGGUGAAGUUUAAUUCGAAGCCUGGUGUCAUUGAUGCAAAAGGGUCAUUCAAUGACAAGCGUAAAAAGAACUUCAUCUUUUCACGAAAAUUCCCAUUCUACAAGAACAAGGAGCUGAAUGAGCAGGACACGAGUGACCCCGAACAACAUGUUCCUUCUCUUGCCAGCGAUAGCGAAAGUAGCUACAGAGGACAAGAGGAUUUCAUUCUCUCCUAUGAACCUGUAACAAGACAGGAAAUUAAUUACACCAGACCAGUUAUUAUUCUCGGCCCAAUGAAAGAUCGGAUCAAUGAUGAUUUGAUAUCUGAAUUUCCUGACAAAUUUGGCUCCUGUGUACCACAUACAACACGGCCCAAGCGUGACUAUGAAGUGGACGGGAGAGACUACCAUUUUGUCAUCUCCAGAGAACAAAUGGAAAAGGACAUCCAAGAGCACAAAUUCAUAGAGGCUGGGCAGUAUAAUGAUAAUCUAUACGGGACUAGUGUGCAGUCUGUGAGAUUCGUGGCAGAAAGGGGUAAACACUGUAUACUCGAUGUAUCAGGAAAUGCCAUUAAGCGGCUACAAGCAGCACAGCUCUACCCCAUUGCUAUCUUCAUUAAGCCUAAAUCGUGGGAGCCGUUGAUGGAAAUGAAUAAACGCUUCACAGAAGAACAAGCCAAGAAAACGUACGAGAGAGCAAUGAAGUUAGAGCAAGAAUUUGGAGAGUAUUUUACAGCUAUUGUCCAAGGAGAAACCUUAGAAGAAAUAUAUAACCAAUGCAAACUUGUAAUUGAAGAACAAUCUGGGCCUUUCAUCUGGAUUCCUUCCAAGGAGAAGCUAUAAAGUAGCCGGUUCACCUCUGAUUAUCACAGAAGCGUAUUUAGAAGAAAACUUAAUCCUAUCCUAUUUGGAAGCUUUGGGGAGGGUGUGAUUUUGGGGAGGGAGGGGGAGAUACUUUUCCGUUUCUUGCAGUCAAUGUGAAUUUUUUCUGAAUGUACAACACAAAGUGUUUGAAGCCAUGAAGGACAUUGAUUUGGUCAUAAAGGGUAGAGAAAGAAAAAGGAAGAAAUCUUCCAACCACAACACACAAAAAGAAAGACUUCUGCCAUAUGAAUCGAACGAACAAACUGUUACCGUGUGCUCGCCGCACCGCUUGGUAAGGACGGGCGUUCGACGUGGAGGCUCGCUAUCCAAGAGAGCAGAUGCGCGUCCUCAUCCAUAUUCUUGGCUCAGCUCAAUGUGUUUGUUGAUUGCUUUAAAGAAGAAGUUUCCCCUUGAUCCUGCAAAGAACGUCACUCUGGAGUUCCAAUUGGUAAGACAGGAAUCGGAUGCGGGCGCGGAGGAGACGUGUACUGAAAGGAUAUGUUCCUGAUAUGAGAUACAACAUGCACCAUGCGAAAUAGUGUCCUGCAGGACCUGAUCCAUCUUCCACCAAACUCUGCAAAGACUGUGAAUGCUUUUCCUUCCUCUUCCCUGGAUGCUGGAUCAGGUGCUGAGUUUAAUCAUAGCACAUACGUAUUUGGUACACCUCGACUUUCGUAUAACUAUGCACAUUUAUUUCUCUCUUUGGUUUUUUUUUAACUUCCUCAAAUGGAUCCAGAGCAUUAUUCAUCCACCACCAGCACCACCUUACAGUAGGGAUGGGAAAAUAUUUCCAAAAAAUUUGAAAAAUGGAUUGUCGAAGGCUUUCAUGGCCGGAAUCACUAUGUUGUUGUGUGUUUUCCAGGCUGUAUGGCCAUGUUCCAGAAGCAUUCUCUCCUGACAUUUUGCCUGCAUCUAUGACAGGCAUCCUCAGAGGUUGUGAGGACUGUUGGAAACUAGAAAAAUGGGGUUCAUAUAUCUAUGGAUUGUUCAGGGUGGAGAAGGAACUCUUGUCUGUUUGAGGUAGGUGUGAAUAUACAGGGGCGGCUCAACCCAUUACGCAAAGUAAGCAUUUGCAGUAUAGUUGAUUUUGCCCAGGGGAGCUCUUGAGGCGCUCCUGGAGGACAAUAGACCUCGACAUAUGCGAGUUGUAGUUACUGGAAUGUAUAGUUCACCUACAAUCAAAGAGCAUUCUGAACUCCACCAAUGAUGGAAUUGAACCAAAUAUGGCACACAGAACUCCCACGACGAACAGAAAAUAUAUAUCAGUGAUUGGUUGGGGGGGGGGGGCAGCGCCAAAAUACUGUUUGCUUACCGUUGAAAAUUACCUAGGGCCGCCUCUGUGAAUAUAGCAAUUGACCAUCUUGAUUAGCAUUUAAUGGCCUAGCAGUUUUCAACGUCUGGCUUCUUACUGCCUGGGGGAAUCAUUUGUUGGGAGGUGAUUAGCUGACCCUGAUUGUUUCUUGUCUGGACCACACUAACAACUACCAUGUCAGACUACACAGAGAAGCCAUUGAAAUUCACACGCAUGUGGACAACUUCAACAGAAAGGAUGAAGCCAUGAAAAUGAACAAAAUCUGGCUACCAGUAUUUAAAAAACUCUAAAAUCAUAACAGUAAAUAAAGAACAACUAUCGGGGCCAAUUAAUCACCUCCCAACAAAGGAUUCCCCCAGGCAGUAAGAAGUGAGGAUGUGAGGGUGAUCUGGCUGUGACAUCUGUCACCCCAUUGAUCGCCAGGGUUGAUUCGGCUAGGCCAUUAAAUUGCUAAUCAAGGUGGCCAAUUGCUACAUUCACACUUGCCUCAAACAGACAAGAGUUCUUUUCCCACCCUGGACAUUU